AGCUGGGAGCCGUCUCCAGGCCCCGUCCCGAGCCUGAGGUGGGACGGAGGCCGGAGGAUCCCGAGCCUGUCCGGUGCCAAGGAUGUUCCCGCAGAACCGGCCCCCGGCCCAUCUCCAGGCACCCUCUGCUGCUUCGGGAGCUGCUGUCGCUGCCAGUGCCAUCCCCAGUACCCCCCAGUCCCUCAAACUGACUUACCCAGAGACCUUGGAUCGCAUCAAGGAGGAAUUCCAGUUCCUGCAGAACCAAUACCACAGGUGGUUUUCUUGGCUUGUGCUGAGAGAUUGGAUUGAAGCUGAGAGCAGGAGGCUGAAGCAUGUGGUGCGCUGGGAGGGCUCAAUGCUCUGUCCAGCCAGGGAGAUCCUGUCAGUGGGGGGACCAGGGGGGUCGUUCCCUCUCCCUUCCUCUCCUCUUUAUUUUUACAGCUUGAAGUUAGAAUGCGAAAAGCUGGCAACAGAAAAAACAGAAAUCCAGCGUCAUUAUGUCAUGUACUAUGAGAUGUCCUAUGGCCUGAACAUUGAGAUGCACAAACAGACAGAGAUCGCCAAGCGGCUCAACGUGAUCUGUGCUCAGCUCAUCCCGUUCCUGUCUCAGGAGCACCAGCAGCAAGUGGUCCAGGCUGUGGAGCGUGCGAAGCAGGUGACUAUGACCGACCUGAACGUGGCAAUUGGGCACCAGCUCCAGACGCAGCACCUCUCGCACCACACUCCCCCCAUCCCGCUGACCCCCCACCCCUCUGGGUUGCAGCCCACUGGCCUUGCUGGCAUCAGCAGUGCCUCAGGGCUGCUGGCGCUCUCAGGGGCACUGGGGGCCCAGGCCCAGCUCCUCACCAAGGAUGACCGAGGAGUCCCUGACACGGAGCCCAGGGCGACAGACCGAGACUCCGGCCCCAGCUCCCUGGCACUGCCAAAUGGGGAGCGGGCGCGAGCCAUCGCUGAGUAUUUGAGCAGCAGCAAGAAGAGGAAGGUGGAGGAGAAGGACUUCGUUACAGACUAUGGCAGCGACGCAGACAAAAGUGAGGACAACCUGGUGGUGGAUGAGGACCCCUCUUCACCGCACAGCGUCCACUCCUACUCGUCCCGGGAAAACGGGGUGGAGAAGGUCCCACUGGGGAGGAAGGAGACCAUGCCACUCAGCCCAACCUCCAUGGCCUCCUCCAGCAGCUCCCCAUCUCGGAGCAAGGAUGCACCCACAGUGGAGAAGGCAGGGACGCCCAGCCUGAAGUCCAGCACCCCCACUUCCCAGGGCGACACCACAGCCCCAGGCUCCGGCGGGGCCCAGCAGUUUCGCCCUGCUGCUGCCAAGGCCCCCAUAGACCCCCUGGCCCUGGGCCUGAGGAAUCCACUGGGAGUGCAGAGUCCCUACUCAGCUGCCUUUGGCUUGGCCCACCCUGCAGUCAAUGGGGACGUGGCCGGGACUGGCGCCUAUGCCAGCCUCCACCUCAUGUCCCCGCAGCUCAACGGGGCUGCAGCCGCCAUGGGAGCCAGCAGCUACGGACGCUCCCCCCUGGUGGGCUACGACCCACACCCCCACAUGCGCAUCCCCGGGCUGGUGGCCGGCAUACAAGUGGGGACCUCGGGGAAGCCUGCCUACUCCUUCCACGUCAGUGCCGACGGGCAGAUGCAGCCGGUGCCUUUUCCACCUGACGCACUCAUCGGCUCUGGCAUCCCCCGCCACGCACGGCAGCUCCACACCCUGACCCACGGCGAGGUGGUCUGCGCCGUCACCAUCAGCAACUCCACACGACACGUCUACACGGGGGGCAAGGGCUGCGUGAAGGUGUGGGACGUGGGGCAGCCGGGCACCAAGACAGCCGUGGCUCAGCUGGACUGCCUGAACCGUGACAACUACAUCCGCUCCUGCAAACUGCUCCCGGACGGCCGGAGCCUGAUUGUGGGGGGGGAGGCCAGCACCCUCUCCAUCUGGGACCUGGCGGCCCCCACACCCCGCAUCAAGGCUGAGCUCACCUCCUCUGCCCCCGCCUGCUACGCCCUGGCCAUCAGCCCUGAUGCCAAAGUCUGCUUCUCUUGCUGCAGCGAUGGCAACAUUGUGGUGUGGGACCUGCAGAACCAGACCCUGGUCAGUUUCAAGGCCACACGGAUGGUGCCAGCUGCAUCGACAUCUCCAAUGAUGGCACCAAGCUGUGGACAGGGGGGCUGGACAACACUGUGCGCUGCUGGGACCUGCGGGAGGGGCGGCAGCUGCAGCAGCACGACUUCAGCUCCCAGAUCUUCUCCCUGGGCUACUGCCCAACAGGAGAGUGGCUGGCAGUGGGGAUGGAGAGCAGCAACGUGGAGAUCCUGCAUGUCACCAAACCUGACAAGUACCAGUUGCACCUCCACGAGAGCUGUGUUCUCUCCCUCAAAUUCGCCUCCUGCGGUAGGCACGCCUCUCCUGGCCUUCCUUCUCUGGAGCCUCAUGGAUGCCACCUCUACUUCUGGCCUUGUGUCACAGGGCUUGUUGCACUGGGGGCAGUGGUUCCAGUACUCAGCCUUGUCCCCAGUGGAUGACAGUCAUAUCCGUCAGAGAAUGGGCAUCUGUCCUUCCUGGAGCAGCGCUGGCAGCUGCACGCUCAGCUCUGUUAUCUCAGGACUCCCCUGUGUGUUCCUGAAAACAGCCCCUUGGCUCUUGGGUAGCAGAGACUUGGCUGCCAUGUCCACACCCUGUGUUCCACAGCCUGGGCAGGAUGUGCUGCUGGAAUCCAGUUGCUGGGCCUGGUUUGGUGACACAAGGCUCCUUUGUCCCUCCACAGGGAAGUGGUUCGUGAGCACGGGGAAGGACAACCUGCUGAACGCCUGGCGGACGCCCUACGGAGCCAGCAUCUUCCAGUCGAAGGAAACCUCCUCUGUCCUCAGCUGCGACGUCUCCACGGAUGACCAGUUCAUUGUGACUGGCUCAGGGGACAAGAAAGCUACGGUUUAUGAGAUCAUUUACUGAGCACAAGAGGUGCCAACUGCGGGACAGGUGGACGUCCGUGUGGAUGGAUAGGUGGACUCCACCUGCCCUACUGCUGACUUCCCAAAGAACAUGCAGCCUGUGGCCACAGCAUCGCAGCUGGAGGAGAGCAGAGAGGGGUGAAGGUGGCCCUGGGACCGUGGCCAGGCGUCGUGGGCUGCUCGGGGUGGAUUUCCUGGGGACUUUCUCCUUGCUUUGUUCUUUGUCAGCUCCUUUCUAAAUCUAGACUAUGGGACUUGGAGGAGGGGGGGCCAUCUGGCAUUGUUAGGGCUUUUGUUGGGUUGGUUUUUUAAUUUUGUUUGGUUUUAACAGUUUGUUGGGGGGGGUAUUUUGUUGGGGGUCUGGGUCUGCUGAGGCGGAUGGGCUCUGGCCUCAUUUCCCUCUGUGCCUGCCAGGGUAUAUUUAAUAAUAAAAACAAACCAAAAAAAGGCAGCUGUGCCUUGUCCUGGGCAGUGCUGCACGGUGGUGGGAUGGAGCUAGGUGAGGAUGGGUGAGACCAGGGCAGCAGCCUCAUCCCCUUUGGCAACCACAAUUUGCUGCUCCUUUCCUGUGCCAGGGCAGGUCUGUGGCAGCUCUGCUAUUGGCAGGGCCCAGCCCUGAUCCUGAGUGGGGUGGGGAGACCCAAGUGCAGCUGGCAGUGCAGGCACAGACCUGAGCGUGGCGGUGGCUCCGGCUGUUGGAGCAGCCUCCGUGGGGUGUGGGGGAGAUGCCAGUGGUGGAGGAAGUGGUUUC